UUGAAACAGCCGCGGCCAAUUUGGACAGCUCUAAAUUUGCCCCUUUUAUCUCUCACUAUAUAUCUCUCCUCUUUUUUUUCUUAUAAUUUCCUACGUCUGGUCGAAUAAAACACGCAACAGAGACAGAGUAAAACAAUGGCCGACUCCCUUUUGCAAAAGGCCACCUCUGCCCUUGGUGAAGCCAAACAAACCGUUAUCGCCUCUGCUGAAAACGCCAAGACCGAUGUCGUGAAGGAUGCAGUUGACAAUGUGGUGUCAAGAGGCAUAGAUGGAGCCAAAACCCUGUUGCACGGAUUGGAGGAGAAGAAAGGUGAAGUCUCCUCCAAAAUCUUGGGCGCUGUUACACACUUUACCGGUAGCGCUGACUCAGCAGCCACAACCGCAAACCGUGACUUACCCGUAUCCACAGACGAUCAGCCACUCCUAGCGGCAGGUGAUCGUGAGGUCGAGACGCCAUGGUGGAAGAACUGUUGUGGAGUUCUUGAUCUUCUCAAGGCAUCAUCAUCGUCAUCAGCUACUUGAAGAAACAGAGGAGAGAAAAAGAUCCCACCCAGUUUUCAAACUAUGUUCUGAGUAUUUACUUCCGUUUUCUUGAGAGUGAUUUCGGAUUGUGUCGUUUACUUUUAAUUCCUCUUGCUGUUUUUCAUAAACUUGUGGUUUUUUUUUUCAAUCUUUUGAUUGUUGCCAAGAACAUUUGUAAUGAAGAAAAAGUAAGCAAACACACAAUAAAGAAGACUCCAAAAUUGUGAAACCAAUCAAAUUCUCGAGCACAGAACAAGAAAGUUACGUAGGAAACACUUUUGAAACAAAGAAAUCAAAUUCAUAUAAAGUCUACCUCGAAAUCAACCCCUCCUCGAGUGGUAAAUGUAGCAGACAACAGCUGCUCCCGCCACUGCAACUGCAACCGCUGCCAAAGCUCCACCAGAACCAGCACUAGUCACAGUCGGCGACCAUGACUUGAACUCAAUACCAUUAAGGGGCUCAACCAUAUUCUUCAAUCCACUGAUCAUCUUCUCAGCAUCAUCCAUCUGUUUCUGUAACUCCACAAUCUCUGAUUCCAAAGCCACCACCUUCUUCUCUGAAUCUUUCAACGCCUCUUCCACAACCAUCUUCUCUGAAAUCCACUUCUGCAACUCUGCUUUCCCUUUAGCUACAUCUGAUUCCAAACUCUUAAUCUUCUUCUUCAAAUCAUCCACCUCCUUCUCCUUACUGUCAAUCUUCUCCCUCAUCUCUUCCUCUGCUCGGAACUUUUUGUUCUUCUCCUCUAACUCCUUCACCUCCAAAGCACCAAGCUUUGUCUCCAAUUCCUUCAUUCUCUUCUCAUUCUCCUCCUUAACAGUCCUUAAACCAGCGACCUCUUUCUCCAAUUCCUCAAUUCCAUCACCUCUCUGUGAAAUCUCAGAACGGAGCUUCUCCGCCUCCGCCGUAACGUCUUCUCCUUCCGUCUUUGCCGUGAUCAGUUCAUGCUGCAACCGUGCAACUUCGGUCUCUAACUCCGAAGCUCUCGAAGCUAUGGCUUCAAGAACCUUCCUCUCCUCAUCGGACUUGUCAAUCUCUCGCUCCAUCUCACCCAUCUUACGCCUGGCCUUGGAUUCGGCUCCUCUCAGCUCCUCGAUCUCCGCCUUCAAGCUCUCGAUUUUACGACUGAUUUCAUCGUUAUCUCUGGCCAGUUCCUGAUUCAGAGACUCGAGCUGUCCGAUCUUACGAUUCAGUUCCGUGGACUUGCCGUCAUCGGCUUGUUGAUCAGAAUCGAAGAAACUCUCAUCCUCCUGCCCAGUCGCUUCGCCGUUGAAGCUCCUCUCUUCCGCCAUCUCCAGCAACAGCGAGAAAAAGGAUCGGAAAAUCGAAUCGAAGGAGGAAAGUGAUAAACCCUAAAGAUG